CAGCCCAUCGAUUUACAUCAUCAGCUUGAGCCAUCGAUCCUCCUCAGCCGCACUCGCCUUACUAGUCCCUUUGAGAGCAGCUCUCGCGCCACCUUUCCUCAGCUAGCUAGCCAUGGCCGCCGCACGGACCUACGUCGACUUCGUGCCGUCGCACGAGCUGGUCGAGGACGCCGCCAAGCAGACCCUCGUCGUCAACCUCCCCGGGUUCAAGAAGGAGCAUCUGAGGGUGCAGAUCGACAACUACGGCCGGCUGAGGGUCAGCGGCGAGCGGCCGCUCGAGGGCGGCCAGUGGAGCCGGUUCCGCAAGGAGUUCCAGGUCCCCGAGGGCUGCGACGCCGGCGGCAUCCGCGCCAGGUUCGAGAAGGACGGCGUCCUCCACGUCACCAUGCCCAGGCUCACGCCCCUCCAGGACGACCCAAAGGCAGCGGCAGACCACGAGGCGGAAGCUGCCCGGCACGCCGCUGCCGCUGCCGUCGCAGAAGAGAAGCAGCGCCAGGAGGAGAUGGAGGAGGAGCGCGCGAGGAAGCGUCAUGCGGCUGACGAGGAGGACCGCGCCAGCGACGAAGGCGAAGACGCACACCACCAGGCGGCGUCUGCCGGCCGGCAGGCGUACGGCUUCGCCAGGGACCGGAGCAGGAGCGGGAUGGUGCGGGCGCUGCUCCUCGCCGUGGCGGUGGCCUUGGUCGGCGUUGCUGGCCUGUAUGCUCGGUACAGGUGGAUGGACCCGUCGGCUGAGGCGGCGCCGGCAGAUGGUGCCACCGUUGGCCUCUCUGACUAUUGAUCACCAGCACCAAGCAUUCAUACACACUGCUGAAGAUAAGAUAAUUCGGGGGAAAAACAGUGGCCAAGAUACGGGACUACAAGAGCUGCCUGAAAUACUACGUGUAAAUAUGAUCUCACUACUGUAACUUACACAUUCAAUUGGUGGUUGUACUUGUACAUAUACUGGGCAUAGUACCCUAUUGUCAAAACAUGAAAAGAUCGGCCUUGAAGUACAUGCUGAAAA